CCUGACUUUUAUUUUGAAGGAAAGUAAGAGGGGAAGUCUGAACUACGUGAGUCCGUGUGUAAACAAAACAAAGUUACAGAAGUUGUUAAGUAAGGCGUAUUUAUUCGUUUUCUUUCAAGCUUUUCAAACCAAAUAUUUUGUAAACGUUUGACAACCAGUGGUAGACUACCGUGCAGCAUAGAGAUUGCUCUGUCGCUACAGUGCAUGAACUUUGACACACUUUUGAAUCACAAGCUGAUCACGAACGUUGGUAUUGCAUAAUGAUUUUUUUAGUGUUUGUUUUAUUCGAAUUACUACACUAAAUGUUGAAAUUAUGUUUGACUACACAUGGCGUUGACUGUUAAUUUAAUUAAUUCGUUUUUGUAGGCUAUUAUUAAAACUGCAGUCCAUAAGAUUUCCUACUGCAAAUCCGUAAGAUUUCUUAAAGGCCCACUGCUAUUUACAGCCAUUUAUGAUCAUUUAAAUUAAUUACAUAUAAUUAUAUAUAUAAAAAAUCAAUUGAUUCUUGGUGAAUAUCACUUAUAAUGUCAAUCCUUGUAUAGAUCCAUCUAUGAAGUUGAGAGUGGUUUCUCUAGCUAGCUUUAUAGAAAACCAAGUGGCGGGUCUGUUUUGUUAUUUUUCAAAUCAAGGAGUAGGCUUUUAAAUGUAACUAAAGAAAUGCAGCUGCUGUUUUGAAUAAAUCCGUUUACUUUGUAUCAUAUUCAGGCCAGUGGCCUUAGGUCUGAGCUCCUGAAUGAUGGCUGCGAACCGACAGGUCACCAGACACGGUUACCGGGUGUGUACCGGAUUGUAUCGGUCGCUGUCACGCAGCAGUUCUGUGAGUGUGGUUCAGAAGAGCCUGGUUCGGCCUCCCCAAGAUGCCCCCGGAGCAGAGGGGCAGGCAGAGUUCUCCCGGGCCGGGAUCGGAGGGUUCUUCCAGGAGAGGCCGGUGCUAAAGAACCCCUUCCUGGAGGACGCUCUGCUACAGGGAUACCUGAGGAGACACCUGCCCAGUGAGGUGUGUGUGUACUGUGUAUGCCAUAAUGUUUCAGAAUGGAUUGAAACUAUGAUGAUGAUGCUUUAUCUGUUAGUCACUGAUAAUGAUGAUGAUGGUGGUGUGUGUGUUCCCAGGCAGUGUAUUCCGACCUGCGUGUCUUUGGGGAGCGGUUGGUGCGUGAGGUGGAUGGGUGGGGUCGGGAGUGUGAGGUCACACCCCCUCGGUUGGUGACCUAUGACCCCUGGGGUUGCCGUGUUGACCGCAUCGUCACAUCCCCUGCCUGGCAAUGCAUGAAGGACCUAUCAGCACAGGAGGGGCUGGUUGCCAUCGGAUACGAGAGGACCUACGGGGAGUGGAGGUGGUAGACACACAAACCUGACCCAUACACACUGAAUCCUUAGCUAAACCCUAACACAUAUACGCUCACCUGACAAACACACAGUGAACAUAAAAACAUAAUGAGUGACAGUAAUCUCAUUGGCAUUUUGUGACUUGGCAUUAUUAGAAUUUCAUGCAUAGACUUACAUAUUCAUACACCAAUAGUAUGUGUCAACUAAGGUUAAAUAUAGUACUAAUAUAAAGUGUGUAUGUGUUCCAGUCGUGUGUACCAGAUGUGUAAGCUGUAUCUGUACUCUCCCUCCUCUGGCCUCUACACCUGUCCUCUGGCUAUGACUGAUGGAGCUGCCAAGGUUAUACAGGUGUGUGUGUGUUGGAAUUGGUGAUGUUAUUGAUUUGUGUUACAUACACACACACACACACACACACAAUCACUACAACUUGUGAUAUUGUGAUUCAUAAGCUUGUCUCUAUGUGUGUGCAUGCGUAGUCUCUGGGUGUGUCUUGGCCAGUAGCGGAGGCCUUCAGCCGCCUGACCUCUCGUGACCCUGAGCACUUCUGGACGUCUGGACAGUGGAUGACUGAACGCAGGGGAGGAUCUGAUGUAGGUCAGUGUGUCUGUAUUCUCUCUGGUUGGUUACAUACACUGUAGGAGAUGAUGAUAGGUUACAUGCCUACUGAUGAUAAUCAUAUUUGUGUGUGUUUGUGUGUGCACGUGUGUGUGUCUAGGCAAUGGUACAGAGACCGUAGCGUUGCUGCAGAGUGAUGGUACAUACAGACUGUCAGGUUUCAAGUGGUUCACCUCGGCUACAGAUGCAGACAUGACUCUCACACUGGCCAGAGUCACAGACGGAGACGGACAGACCACAUCGGUACCAUUCAAUGUUCAUCAGCCCUCAUCUUCUUAAUUCUUUACCCCUUACUCCUGACCCCCCCCUCCCCAUGUCUAUCGUCCUCCUUCUAACUGGUGUGUGUGUGUGUGUGUGUGUGUGUCUCAGGGCAGUAGAGGUCUGUCUAUGUUCUAUGCUGCAGUGCGUGAUGAGAAGGGGAUGGUUCAGGGCAUCGAGGUCCAAAGACUGAAGGACAAACUGGGAACCAGACAGAUGCCCACUGCUGAGCUGCUGCUGGACGGCCUGCCUGCACACAGGGUCAGAUUCACUCACACACACACACACUGACACACACACACACACACUAACAUUCCUCCCUUCUUUCUCAGCUGUCAGAAGAGGGUAGAGGUGUGGCGUGUAUAGCCAACAUGCUGACUGUGACUCGUAUCCAUAACAGCGUGUCUGCUGUGGCUGGUAUGAGGAGGUAUCUAUUCACUACUACCCACUGCCGUACUGACGGUCAAGGGUGUGUAUUGAUGGUGGGUGUGUGUGUGUGUGCAGGGUACUCCAGCUGGCUCGUGACUACGCCACACGUCGCUCUGCCUUUGGGAAGCUCCUGAGAGACCACCCCCUUCACAUGCAGACCCUCGCUAGGAUGGAGGUCAGCUGAAAAUAAAGUUGUAAAAUAGAAUACCCUACUAUAACCCCUAAACCUACUACUUGUCUUCACCUUGUCUUCACACACCUCGGCUCUCUUUUUCUCUUCUUCCCCCCUCCCCUCAAUGCCUUCCUCCUAUAGGUGGAGACUCGAGGAGCGUUCCUGCUGGUGAUGGAGGUCUGUCGUCUGAUUGGCAGAGAGGAGACAGGCCACGCCUCCCAGCUGGAGAUUCACCUCCUUCGUCUGCUCACACCAGUGGCCAAACUCUACACUGGCAAACAGGUACACACACACACUCUGUUUUUGUUGACAAACAGGUAACCAAUCACAUUACACCAGAAAACAGAACAUAGACAUUGGAUAAUACUGGCAGAUGGCAGUGAAAGACUGGGGUGUGUAUUUAAUAAUUUUAGUCAUUGUAUAAAGGCAGUAGAGAUGUGUGUGAGGUGAUGUAGUGUGUGUGUGUGUGUUAUCCCUGUGUGUCUUAGGCAGUUGCCGUGAUUUCCGAAGGGCUGGAGAGUUUCGGGGGGCAGGGCUACAUAGAGGACACGGGAUUACCUGCAAUGCUUAGAGAUGCUCAGGUAGGUAGUCACAUGAUGCACAUCUGUCUCUCUGAAGGCAGACUUACUUUGUGUUACGUAAUGGAGUAAAAUUAUGUUGCUGUUAAUGGAUGAAGUAGUUUGUUACUUUCAGUCUGUUACUCAACAACAACAAUUGAGUGGCAAUAGUUAAUUUUAGUGUAACAGUACAUUUACAUUUACAUUUAUGUCAUUUAGCAGACGCUCUUAUCCAGAGCGACUUACAAAUUGUACCCAUGGUCGGACUACCACAUUUGGGGCCCGACCUCCGGGGUGAAAAAUGUUGCCGGUUUAAAGCAAAUUUCCUGCAGUUCUACACAUUUUGCCAUGGGUCAGAGAGAAAAAAAUUGCUGUUUUAAAGCUCAUCUCAUGCUAUUGUUCACAUUGUGCUAUGAGGCUGAGAGAAAAGUGUGCAGUUUUAAAGCGAAUUUCCUACAAUUCUACACAUUUUUCUAUCAUAUGCUAUCUGGGGGGCCCCAACCCCCCAAAAAAAUAUAUUUUUGGUUGGGGGCCCCAUAGAGGUCGGGGGCCUUGGGGCCAGAGCUCUAAAUUAAAAUGUUUCAUUGGUAGCACUGGUGCCCCCCAAUUGGUGCUCACCACAUGAAAUUUAUGAGCACCAGAAAAUACGAUUGUAAUUUUUUUUUUGAGAUACAGCCUAUAUUGGGCUUAUAUGAAUUCGACUUACUUUUGAAGCACAUGUUGCGCCCAAGAAACGAAUAUGUAACACUGUAAAGACAUUAGUUAAGCUAAGAUGUUGAUACGAAGCGCCAAGUCUAGGUCCAAAAGGCUUCUUAACAGCUUCUACCCCCAAGCCAUAAGACUCCUGAACAGCUAAUCAUACGGAGCGCCAAGUCUAGGUCCAAAAGGCUUCUUAACAGCUUCUACCCCCAAGCCAUAAGACUCCUGAACAGCUAAUCAUACGGAGCGCCAAGUCUAGGUCCAAAAGGCUUCUUAACAGCUUCUACCCCCAAGCCAUAAGACUCCUGAACAGCUAAUCAUGGCUACCCGGGCUAUUUGCAUUGCCCCCCCCACCCCAACCCCCUCUUUUACGCUGUUGCUACUCUGUUUAUCAUCUAUGCAUAGUCACUUUAACUCUACCCAUAUGUACAUAUUACCUCAAUUACCUCGACUAACCGGUGCCCCCGCACAUUGUCUCUGUACCGCUACCCCCUGUAUAUAGCCUCCCUACUGUUAUUUUAUUUUACUGCUGCUCUUUAAUUAUUUGCAAUUUUUUACUUAACACUUAAAUGUUCUUAAAAACUGCAUUGUUGGUUAAGGGUUUGUAAGUAAGCAUUUCACUGUAAGAUCUACACCUGUUGUAUUAGGCACAUGUGGCAAAUACAUUUGAUUUGAAUACCUGUCAUUGAAAUUACAAAAGUCAUUUGUAGAAUAUUAUGUUUCUACAUUGUGUAAAUGCGCAAUUUUUUCCUAUUGAGAUGCAUUGCAUAGAAAACACUGUCUCUUUAAAAAAGUCAGGUUUGUGAUGAUGACAUGCUAGAGAUCUGUCAUUCAUUCAUUGCUAUGGUCAUUGAUCUCCUGAAGAAGCUAUCCCUUUCCCUUUCUUUCUGUGCCCCAGAAUGUUUGGAUAUACUGGUAAAGAUACCAGGUUGUUAGCUAGCUAGACAAUGAGGUAACAUGACUCAACAAAGUGUAAACAAAUGGUUAACCACGCGAGAGUCGUUUUAGAACGGCCCACAACAUGGUUUAUGAAUGUAAAAUGCAGUCCCGGUGAUCCGGGUAAUAUAGGUCAGAUCUUUUAUACCUGGUUGGGCGACGAGCAAGCCGUUUUCGCUGUCGUAAUGGUGCAACCAUGACACUAUCAAAUCUGCACUCGCUUUUUUCUCUAGGGCACUCGGAAACAACGGUACAGCGUAGCCUUAUCAUUAAAACAAUUAUUUUCUGGGAUAUCUUUUUCUUAGUCGCACAGUGCUCAUUUUAGAGCCCUGCCCAGGGCACGUGCACUUCGUUCCCAUUCGGUAAUCCGGCCCUGACAGUACCUCUUCUCUCUAUCUCUCUCUCUCUCUCUCUCUCUCUCUCUCUCUCUCUCUCUCUCUCUCUAGGUGUUGAGUAUCUGGGAGGGGACCACUAAUGUUCUGUCUCUGGAUGUUCUGCGCUGCGUCUCUCGGAGCUCAGGCCUCGUACUGCAGGCCUACUUCACACACACUCAGGUCAGGGUCCCUUAACCCUCUACAGACUAAGCCUUGUCUAAGCCGGGGAAGGGGGAGUGGGGGGGAUUCUACUAAGGUAUAUGGAAUUGUUUUAAGAAGGUCAUACCAAGGAUCAUUUAGCUAUUUGAUUUUGAAUUUUAAGACCCCUUGAAGUAUAAAAAAAUAAUAGUAAUUAUUAUAUGAUGAACAUUUUUAUUUGGCCUUACUGCUAUUGGCCCAUACAAACGCAUUGAAUAACAGAUUCACUACAUGGAACAACUGUUAGUCCCAAAAAAUAUCAAAAGGAAGUUUGUUCUGAAGUGUCUGUCCUAUAUCUAAGCGAUAUAGGAAAGAUCAGGAAACAUGUUUUUUUUUUUUUUUUUUUUUUUACAUGUAUUUAACCCCUUAUUUUUUGCGCUAAACAGUCUCCAUAUAUACUUCCAUAAAUGUUUUCAACUGGUACCGGGGACAUUCAGGCCUGUGGGCGUCCUAGAGCAAAACAACCGACAUGUUAGUGUGUAGCCCAAACUGUUCGGACACUACAGACGAUUUUGUGAGAACAAUGAUUUUUGGGAUGUCUCAUGGUCUGACAAACACUGCUCUAGCUCUGUCACCUUUCACCGCAGAUGCGGAAGUACGACAUCGGCGGAUGCAGUGGAUUGAGACACAUCCAAUGCAAAAAUAACAGAUAUAUCUAGCUUAAACUGACAGAUUUUUAUGGGGAUUUUUUUAUUAUGCUAAUUACACUGAACAUAAAUAUAAACGCAACAUGUAAAGUGUUGGUCCCAUGUUUCAUGAGCUGAAAUAAAAGAUCAGAGAAAUGUUCCAUAGUCACAAAAAGCUUAUUUCCCAAAAAUGUUGUUUACAUCCCUGUUAGUGAGCAUUUCUCCUUUGCCAAGAUAAUUCAUCCACCUGACAGGUGUGGCAUAUCAAGAAGCUUGUGCUUGGGACAGUAAAAGGCCACUCUAAAAUGUGCAGUUUUGUCACACAACACAAUGCCACAGAUGUCUCAAGUUUUGAAGGAGUGUGCAAUUGGCAUGCUGACUACAGGAAUGUCCUCCAACUUUAUGAGAGAAUUUGGCAGUACGUCCAAUCGGCCUCACAACCGCAGACCACGUGUAACCACGCCAGCCCAGGACCUCCACAUCCAGCUUCUUCACUUGCGGGAUCGUCUGAGAGCAGCCACCCGGACAGCUGAUGAAACUGUGGGUUUGCACAACCGAAUAAUUUCUGCACAAACUGUCAGAAACCGUCUGAGGGAAGCUCAUCUGCGUGCUCGUUGUCCUCACCAGGGUCUUGACCUGACUGCAGUUCAGCGUUGUAACCGACUUCAGUGGGCAAAUGCUCACCUUCGAUGGCCACUGGCUGACUGACUGGUUUUCUGAUCCACGCCCAUACCUUUUUUUUAAGGUAUCUGUGACCAACAGAUGCAUAUCUGUAUUCCCAGUCAUAUGAAAUCCAUAGAUUAGGGCCUAAUUUCUUUAUUUAAAUUCACUGAUUUCCUUAUAUGAACUGUAACUCAGUAACAUCUUUGAAAUUGUUGCAAGUUGCAUUUAUAUUUUUGUCAUCCAAAAUGCUAAAGGAUAUAUAUUUUUUUUUAUUGAGCUUAGUUGUUGUUGAUGGACUUAGACAGUCAAGAUUAUAUUUGGGAUAUUUAGUUAGUUUCCGCAGCCUUUAUCUAGCAUUAUCCUACUUGAACUAAAAAGGAAUGGCAGGCAUGAAAGACUGUUACUAUUAAUAAAAUGAAGAAAAAAAACUACAAUCUCUGUUGAUUGCUAUACAAAUUCUGACUUUCUCCCUCUAUCUGCAUCUCUCCCUCCCGCUCCUCCCCCAGUCUCUACUAGCAGCAGCCUCCCUCCCCUCCCUGUCUGUGGCUGUGAGAUCAGUAGACAGUGCCCUCUCUGGUCUGAGAGAGUUCCUGCAGGCCGCUGCUCUCAAACCACCUGGCUAUGUGGAGCUGGCAGCACGAGACCUGGCAUACAGUCUGGCACGCAUUUAUAUGGGUACUAUACACACUUUUUAUUAUGAUUUUUUUUACACUGCAUCGUUGGGAAGGGCUCGUAAGCAAGCAUUUCCCUGUAAAGUUUACACCCAUUGUAUUUGGCGCAUGGGAAAAAUACAAUUUGAUUUUUAACUGAACAUUGGCAUAACAGGAGUAGCACUUACUGUAUAGCCCAUCACCUUUCUCAGUUAACCAUUGCCAGAGUUGGCUUGCCCUGAGGAUGUAUUGUGACCCCAUCUGUGUGUGUGUUUCAGGUGCUCUGCUCAUUGACCAUGCCUCAUGGGAGGGAGCCUCUCACUCUGAUGCCUAUGCUGCUGUCCGGUAAACACACAUAUCCGUCCCCACUACUAGUUCUCACUAGUCCCUAGUCCAGAGCUCUCCAACCCUGUUCCUGGAGAGCUACCCUCCUCUAGGUUUUCACUCCAGCUAAUUAUUAGAAUCAGGUGUGUUAGAUUAGGGUUGGAGUGAAAACCUACAGGACUGUAGCUCUCCAGGAACAGGGUUGGAGAGCCCUGCCCUUACUACUUGUAGGCUAAUAGUUCUAGCAGUAACUGUGUGUGUGUAUUUGUGACUGUGUCUGUGUUACAGGUGGUGUGAGCAGGACUUGUGCCCAGUGUUCAGUAAGGCGGCCAUAGGAUGCUACAACACAGAGACUCCGCCCCUGGAUGCUGCGCUGGUCUAUAACGAGUCAACCAGAGACUGAGGGGGUGUGGGGUAGGCUGGAGGCAGGCAAUAUUAGCGUUCUCAAGGAGAUGUAGCUUAUGUAAGAAGGGGUACUUUGUGAUUAGCCUAUUAUGUAUGAGUGCAUGCUAUGUCCUGACCUGUGGAAGAAUAAAGACUUUCUGAUGGAAAUCACUCACUCACCACCCAGACUGAUUUCUGUUUGAUCUGAGACUGCAGCUGUCAGUGGGUCGCCAUCCGACAGUGAACACACACACACACACAUACCCCACAAGACAUGCCACCA